AUGGAUGCUCUUGAUGAAUGUGACGCCAAGCUGCAUCGAAGACACAUACUCAAAUUCCUCAAGGAUUUGAUGGCGGCCAAAGUCAAACUAUUUGCGACCAGUCGGCCUCAUGUCGAAGAGGUCAGGAAUUUGUUCUCGACAUCUUUAAGCGUCGUUGCCAGGGCUAGCGAGUCCGAUAUUAGGUCGUACUUGAUUGAGAAGAUAGACGAGCGACGAGAAGAGUCCGAGGAGGUAUAUUAUAUGAUUAGCGACGAAUAUGGGGAAGAGAUUGUCAACACUCUUGUGGAGAAAGCGAAUGGCAUGUUCAUUUAUGUGGCGUUCCAGAUCGAGAAUAUCCUGAGCCAGCCAAGUCAUCGCGCGAUGAAGGAAGCAGUAAACAGUCUGGCGGACGAUCUGGAUGGAAGUUAUAAGGCCACCAUGGACAGAAUCAAUAGCAUUCCCAUCAAGUCGUGCGUCACGUUGGCCUACCGAGUGUUUCAGUGGAUAUAUCAUGCCAAACGGCCGCUACAUGUCGAAGAGUUGCGUCAUGCUCUUGCUACGACACCACAUGAGGGCUCGUUCGACGUCGAGAGUCUGGUUCCUGCACGGUUCCUGCUUUCUUACUGCUGCGGACUUGUUGUUGUCAACAGUCAGAAAGUUAUACAGUUUGUACAUCAGUCUGUGCAAGAGUACUUUUGUGGGCAUAGAGCUGAGCUCAUCCCCAAUGGCCACACGAACUUGGCCCUGACCUGCAUUGCUUAUCUGUCCUUCGAUGACUUCAUUUCCGUAAAUAUCGACGAUGUCGAAACUAUCAAAGCGCUACCGGAGCGAUUUCCUCUCCUCGACUAUGCCGCAACUCAUUGGGGCGAUCAUGCCGCUGACGAUGCUGAUGAGGAGGUUCUCGCUAUGGUAGAAAGGUUCUAUACUUGCACCUGUAACCUUCAGGUUUGGGCAACAUAUGACCUGCACCUGAAUUCCGGGUGGCCUUCGACACCGGGGGACUUGUCACGCCUGCAUCUGGCCGCGCGAUUCGAUCUGACGACCUGGGCAACCAUACAUACGGCACGAUUGGUGGCCGACCUCAAUAGGCCGACGUCACUCGGGGACACACCGCUUAUGAUAGCUUCACAGUUCGGGCAUGACACCUUUGUUCGAUUCCUCCUCGCCCAGCGGAAUAUCUCUGCCUCCCUCAAUGCGGUCGACAGCAGUGGUUUAACAGCAAUUUUUCGGGCCACCAAGUACAAUAAAACAGCAACCUUAUCAAUUCUCCUCGAGAAGCAAGACGCCGAUGUCAAUCUUGGAUGCCCUCUCUUUGUUGCACUAACGAACCGGUCCUUCACCGCAUUUGAUACCCUCAUCGCCACACGAAAAGACCUAGACGUAAACACAACUGAUAGGGAAGGUCAUACACUGCUGUUCUAUGCUGCAAGUGAGAUGUUUAGCAGCGCAGUUCAGACGCUGCUUACGAGGGAUGACUUGCGGCCAGACGGUGGCACUGGCGAUAUGGGGGCGCUGAUUGUUGAUUUGAUUGAGGAUCAGGACAUUAUGACGAACGAGGAGAUAGAGUCGCUUCCGGUUAUGGCUCGUGAUAUAGCGCCAUUCUUCUGGAAGUGCAGGAUGAAUGAUAUGAAUGGCAACAAGGAAGGGCCAGAUUUACCAUUGGACUGGUUUCUGGCCUGUUGCAGCUGCUUCAUGCAGGAUUACCCGCAUAUGAUCGAGGACUGGAUCGAUGCUGGCCAGAUCGACCCCAACAUAUGCGAUCAGCGGGGUCGGACAUUAUUCUACGUCGCAGCCUGGAGAUCGGAUAUUGACCUGGCGCAGAAGCUCAUUGAUCAUGGAGUGAUCCCGAAGCAAGAUAGAUAUGGAUGCUCACCCCUGUACCAUGCUGCCAGGGAAGACUGCAAAGACCUCGUUCAAAUUUUGCUCGAUCACGGUGCCGAUGCGACAUGGAGGGAUCAGGAUGGGGACACGGCACUACAUGCGGCGGCUUUGUCUGGUAAGGCGGCCAACCUACGUGUUCUCCUUGAUCACGGAGCCGAUGCGAACGCAGUCAACGAGGCGGGCCAAUCUGUGUUACACUGGGCCACUUGCGGCGGAGAUUCUAAAACGGUCAAGACGUUGCUUGACCGUGGCGCUGAGGCGGACAUGAGAUAUAAGCCAGGAGGCACGCGUACACCAUUGGCCCUGGCGAUUGAUAAUGCAGAAAUCCAGUUGGAGACGGUGAAGGCCCUCGCAGAGCACGGAGCGGAUCUCGGACAAGUGACUGUAGGAGGAUUCACGAUGCUGCAUCUGGCAGCAUCCCAUCAUCGAGCAGACAUUUGCCGGUUCCUCUUAGAUAGAAGAGAAGCCAUCGUCGAUCCUAACGCGAUAAGUAUAUGCAUGCAAACGCCAUUAAACCUGGCCAUGCGCGGCAUGGAUCUCGAGAGCAUUGAGGUAUUGAUCAUGCACGGUGCCGAUCCCACUGCGAGGGACAUUUACGGAUCAACUCCACUUGACUGGGCUGCACGCUGGGGACCAGCAUGGGAUAAGAUGCCACAUGAGGCGAAGAUGCAAUAUAGAUCCACUAGUCUAGAUGUACAGACUCGGCACCAGAAGGACUCAUUGUUUUUGUUGAUCGACAAGGCCCUUGACGAGAAAAUGGACGAUAUGAGAUUGUACGGGGGUCUAGGCAUUUUUAACACCAUAGGGCAUAUCCUCCUCUUCCUGAACGACAGCAGAAACGCCGACAUGGACAAGGCAGCUCAGAUCGCCUUCGAGCAGCUCACCGAGGUCGGACAGGUGGAAGUAUCCCAAUCGAUACGUCUGCAGGACAUGUGCGGCUGUCGACCUGUGUUCAGAAUGUUUUGGUAA